CAUGUUCGUUGUUUUUGAUAGAUUGAAAUGCAAUUUGGUGAGCCAUUUUUCGGAUUAGUCUACGCUGAUUUUGACCGAAAUAGCGCUUGUCAAACGGUGGGCAAAGGAGAAAAGAUCGUCCAAUUGGAACUUCCCCUGAAAGGAUGUGGAACAAUACAGGAACCACAAAGAGUGUUCACAAACAAUAUCGUUGUACGUUUUCACCCCGGUCUUGAAAUGGACGGAGAUGAAAUUAUCACAAUUGUUUGCCGAUAUCCACCGCCUGACGUUCCACUUCCAGUCCUACCACCUAAGCCAAUCGGACCACCAAUCAGUUCUGUUGUGGGGCCGCCAUUGAAAGGCUCUCAACUGCUGUUCAUCUUGUCUGCAAUCAUGUUUUUGACAUUGAUGUUGCUUGGCUUAGGUGUUUCGUAUUACUGUCUGAGCCGACGACCAAUUCCAGUCGUACGACGCUUACCAAUGUCAAUCGGAUCUGGAUCUGAAAUCACGAAAUUGAGCACACCACCGUUGGAAGGUUUGAAAGUACCACGUACUCAUAAAGUCGUUGGUGCUGUGCCAAGCACUUCAAGCAGCGAUGACACUGUAUUGAUUCCAUCGGAUUAUCCAAGCGAAUCACAUUCCGAUAUUCCAUCACUGGCAGCUAGUUCGGGUGGAACCUACGACAAUCAAGCCUACAUUCGAGAUAAUUCAAGCAUUUACAGUGAACACUACGGCCGCACUGAGGAAUUCCGAACAACCAACGAAGUUGCCCAGCAAUCGAUGGUUUCUCGUCUUCCAAUCGCUAUUAGGGAACCAUCGCCAACAUUCGAUGUGCAAGUGCGAGUAAAACGGCCAGCACCACCAGCACCUCUAUCGUCAAUCUCAUCAGACACAGAAAGCCUAGCGCCAAGCAUUGUUGAACGAAAUAAUUUGUCAACGAUAAUAGAAACAUACGAAGACCGCGAAAGUGUUAUAAUCGAUUCAAUGCCACAAGAUGUUGUACCCAGUCGAAUCACUUAUGAACCCGAAUUGUAUCCAAUUACUCGAUAUGAACACCCACCGAUCACAACUGUUUCGAAAACAUACAAAGAAACAACGGAAGAACACUGGGCUGAAGAUUAUCCUGAUUCCGUGCCACCGGUAUCGAUUCCAGACACUCGAAGUGUUGUUUCGACUGACACCAGACACGAUAUACAUUCGAUCACUGAAAUGGUGGACACAACGCAUUUGUAUCAAUCGACAGAUCUGCCAGAUGAAGUAGUUGAACAUUUGCCCGAACCGCCAAUCGUUGCACGCAAACCGGAAGUCACCUCACAGCUUGUCGACGAUGUAUUCUUACGCACAAUUACCGAAAAGUCAACCGUUGAAGACAUCGAGAAUCAUAAGCGUAAGAUCACUGAAUACAAGGCUAAGCCAGCACCGAGUCCAACGUGGGAUGUUACAAUUCGUAACCAUCCAACUCAAGACAAACCUCAAUGGGAAGACUUUUCGGAUAUAUCAAGUGCUCCAUCGGUUCAAAUUGAACCGGUUAAAUAUACGCAGCCACCUCAAACUUAUAUCGAUGCAACUGGCGAAAAACUUACUAGCCCUGAGCUUGUGGGCAACAUGAAACCGAUUGAAAUUCCACCCGAAGACAAAUCCGUGCCCAAUUGGGACGUAUUGAUUCGUAUUCUGGAGAAUCAAGAAGAAACAACGGAGGAAAUUUCAACAACGACAAUGUCAAGACCUACGCCAGUGCCAGGACCAGCGACAGCACCAGCAACAGCUACAGCACUAGCACCAUCUCCAAUUCCAGAUGAUACCAGCUCAACGCAUUCGCAAACUAAUCGACAUAUUUUGCAACACCAAAUCAGCUACGAUGAUAAGAUCAAGUGGCGCGAUAUCAUCACCACUGAAUCUACCUUGAGAACGAUGCUCACUGAAGCUGUUGUUCGCGAAGACUUUGAACGUAUUCGAAGCGAUACGAGGUACGAAACAAUAUUCGAACCACAAACGUGGGAUGUGAUCAUUCGUAUCUUGGCGCCGCCAGAUGAUGUUGAUUUACGAUCGCCAAAACUCAACCGCAAACCAUGGGAUUUAAGAUCACGCCGUAGUUCAUUGCCAACUUUGUACGAAUACGACAGCGAUGGUGGUUCAUCGGUUCGAACCAUUCCACAAGAUAUGCUUCCGAUGGGCAGCUCCAAUACCUAUCACUACCCACCACAGUUACGAAGAACAUCACGCACUUCAUACAAUUUUGAAAAUGUUGACAUACGAUCGAUGACUGAAGUUUUAGUUGACUUUGGCCGUCCCGAAACGGAUAACGUGUCUGAUAUUAGCUCAUACUAUCCAAACAGAUAUUACGAUGAUGAUCCAUAUGACAGACGAUCAAUUCACCGUUCGUUGAGUCAACCUAGUCUCGCUCGUUCAGCGACCGACUUCACUGAACGUUGGGCCAUUCCAGAUGAUGUGUCCGAUGACUCAGAAUCGCCACGAAAUAGUAAUCGUUUGGUAACGUUCCGACCUCACGUACAUCGCCCACAUCAUGUAACCACCGAAACUCAGUACAUUCAACAGAGUUCGUCAUCAUUCCAAGCAACGAGUACCACAUCGCCACCGAAAGAGUGGUACGGUGAUAGCUCAAAAUAGAUAGUGCAAAGGAACACUCUAACAAAAGAGAAAAA